AAAAUCCCUUUACUUUGUUUUUAAAUUCUUAAUAAUGCAACUUUCAACAUUAUUAUUAUUAUUUAGAGUCAUCUCUUCUCUAUCACUGUCCCGUUAAAAAUCAUCUUCUAUUAUAAUUCAAUUAUUUCGCUAUCAUUUACUUCUUCAUUCAUCGAUCCUUCAAACAUUCAACCCAUUAAUCUAAUCCAAAUCCAAAAUGCAAAACUCAUCUCAGAAAUCCACACAGCUUCCCAUGAUCACACAAUAGCAUUAUUAUAAUUAAUUACUGUUAAAUGGAAAUCUCUUCCCUUACCGCCGAUAAGAUCCACGGCUACAAUGGUUCCGAUGAACAAGUUGCAGAGAUACGGCUAUCUUUAGAUUCCGACAACCGCUGGAAUCUUCUGAACUCAUUCCCUGCUUUCUUGCUAAAUCUUGAGAGAGAAGAUUCGAAGCUGAUUCCUGACGGAGAGUUUGAUUUCGUUUGGUUUCAGUCUAAUUUUCCGAGUCCGUCAUUCCGUAGCAGUUUCAAUUUCGAAGUGAAAUUAGCAGCAAUAGAAGACGCUGAUGUCGAGAGUCGCGACGGACCGUUGUUCUGGCCGCUCGAACAUGAAAUAGAAUGGAAGUCGAUGGAGGAUUGGAACUGGUUCGCGAUUUCACCGCGGAAGAAAGAUCUGAAAUCUUCUGCUGUGCCUCUAAACUCCAAUAAUGGAUUGCGAUUACACGGACGGAAAAUUACUCUGAAUCAAGUGCCGAAGAGGAGGUUCGUGUUUAACUCAAGAUCGGUGGCGUCGGAGAUGAUGGAGUUGAAGGAGAGGCGAGAUUCGAAAGCUUGUGUUCCGAGGAUCGGUGCUGUUCCUUCGAGAUUCAACAGGCCGGGAAACAGAAAUUCCGCGGGGAAAGGUUGGGUGGAUGAGAAAUUAAUCGCCAUGGAUAGAGAUUUUGAGGAGAAGGAUAUGGCGGCGCGUGAAGAAAUUCCGAUAGAAACGUUGUUAGGGCUUCGUGAAUUCGAUGGACGGGAGGGAUUGGGCUCAGAGUUGGAUGAGGUUGUGUUAUCUCUGGAUGAAGAUGAAGUCCGUAAUUAGUGAAGCUUCUUGAUAUUAUACUACGAACUCUCAUUGCAACUUUAGAAGGAAAGAGUGUGUUGACGUUCGUGUCUUGUUUGUGAUGGCCUUCACUUUUGACUCGUUUCUCUUUAGUUUGAUAUGACUCCAUUGUUCUUCGAGUUGGUGGUAAGUAAGAGAUUGUGAUGUCAAACCUAGCACAUAAGUAGGAUUGAUCUCUCUUUUUAAGAUUAUUUACUUUUUCGUUCAAGGUAGUUAUUUAUAAAUUUGUGUUCACUUACACUAAUCUACAGUUAAGUGGUGGCAUUAUAGAUGUUUUUGA